AAGCGUCUUGCAGCUAUGAAGGCUGUGGGGCGAGACGAGGCGGUGCCCACUCCGCGCAGCCUCUGGAGUUCCGGCAGCCGAACUGGCAGAAGUGGUAUUCUCCUCAACAUUCUGUCAGAUGCAUCGGAAUGCAGCAAGGUGGAACAGGUGGAGGUGGAAGUCGUGGUGCCCUCCGAGUCGGACGACGACGUCCCGGACAUCCUGCGGGAGCCAUCGAAGCAUCUGCCGGGCCGGCGAGAAGAGGAGUGCCUGGUGGGCGGCCGAAGCACCACCGAGAAAAUCUUGAGUGCCUUCGGCUACAGCUACACUGGACAAAGCGCCGACGGCGGAACCAGUGGAGCCAGCGGAACGGCCUCCGGUCCCAGCGGCCGAAGCGCUCCAAGCGCUCGAAGCGCUCGAAGCGGUCCCAGCCCGAGCGGUCGCAGUGGUCGCAGCGGUCGCACGGGGACGAGCGUCCAAAGCACUCGAACCAAUCCGCCCAGCCUCCCGAGCCUCGAAGCACGGCCAAGUGCUCCCCGUAUCUCCGAGGGAGGCUGGAGAAGUAAAGACUCAGUCCCCAAGGAACGCUGGAGAAGUCGCUGGAGAUGCCGCUGUGUAUUUUGCAGCUGUUUCUUUGGACUCGCUCUUGGCAGCGGAAUUUCUGUGGCCCUCUUUUGGCCCAGACACCCCUCUUGGGAGCUUAAGAAAUUGGAGGUAGAUGAUGGCAUCAUGGAGCUGGUCACGGCCAUGUCAGCCAUUGACACAGUGGAUACAGUGGCAGCACCAUCACAACUUCUCUUCACGGCAGAAUCCGCAGUUUCAAAUCCCAAUCUCCUGCAUGGUGACACCUCAGAUGGUUCCAUAGACUUGAGAUAUGUCGAAACCGUCCAAACCAUCGGGGAAGGCGUCGAGGAAUCGGAAUUUGUUGUUGGUCGAGGUGUGUCAUAUGCAACCACCUUGGCGCCACAGACUGUGAGUACAGUGAUGGCCAAUAUCACGGUGGAUUUGGAGCAAAAUUUCGUGAACAUUUUGCAGAGGGAAAUUGUAGCAGAGCGAUUGGUUCUAGCUUUUAAGCUGAUUGCUGCGUGCAAAGUAGUGACGAUUUUGAAUGUACAGUUGCAUUACCAAAUGGUAUGUGAUCUUGAUGUGGCUCUCUCUGAUUUAAUGAUGUCGGAGACACGAACCAGAGCAGUUGCUGUGAAAGCUUGCAAGCACAGCUUCUCUUAGCAGCUGGCCAACUG